AUGAUCGGGCCCGCGGCGCGCAGCCCUAGCCGGCUUGCAGCGCCGGCGAUUGGCAACCGCGCGAUCGCAGGGCGGUCUUGGAGCAGGCCAGGCCGCCUGUCCGCGCAGCCCCUGGCCGCACAGCGCAGCGACCGCGCUGCCGCCCGGGCUGCUCCCGCUGCCAUCAACGGCAGCCCCACCAAACCGAGCCCCGAUGCCGGCGCCCACACCGACACUGCCGCAGCCGCGAGCCCCUCUGCCUACCCCUGGCUGCAGCAGUGGUAUCCCGUUGCAGUGGCGGCUGACCUCCCCACCGACCGGCCCCACCCAUUCACCCUGUUCGGGCGCCAGCUGGUGCUGUGGCGGGACGCCGCCGGCGCCUGGCGCUGCUUCCAGGAUGCCUGCCCGCACCGCCUGGCCCCUCUCUCCGAGGGACGCGUGGUCGAGGGACAGCUGGUCUGCAGCUACCACGGAUGGUCCUUUGAGGGUACCGGGAAGUGCACCCGCGUACCGCAGGCUAUGGACGAACGCAGCGAGGCUGCCGCCUGCGGCAGCCGCCGCGCUUGCGCCGCCACCCAGCCCACCGCCGAGGCUGCGGGCCUGGUGUGGGUGUGGCCCGACGCCUCCCCUGGCGCGCCGGAGCAGGCCGCCGCUGCCCCGCUGCCCGUGCAUCCCGACCUGCUGGCUGGAGGGGCCGGCGGCGGCGCCACCCCUGGCAGCGGCUCCUUUGUCAACAUCGGCGGCGGCUGGCUGGUGCGCGAGUGCCCUUACGGCUUCGACACGAUGAUUGAAAACAUCCUGGAUCCUGGCCACGUCAUGUGGGCGCCCCACGGGCUGCUGGGACGCAGGGAGGACGCGGUGCCGUACGCCGUCAAGCUGCAGGGCGAGAUCAGCCUGGAGGGAGGGUUUGCCACCAGCCUGGGCGCCUCCAGCCGCAAGCUGGAGGUGCAGCGGCGCAGUCUGGAGUUCCGCCCUCCCUGCUUUGUGCGGCAGACCAUCGCGCCAGGCGAGCUGGGGCCCGGGCCAACGGGAUGGCUACCACCCUGUCACGCACCAUCCAAGGGCAGCUCGCUUGUGACGUGCGGCUACGCCGUGCCCUCCCGCCCCGGCCACUGCCUCCUGGUCACCACCUCGUAUGCCGAGGCGGGCAGCGGGGCGGGCGGUCUGCGUGCGGCGCUGGGCCUCGUCCCUCGCUGGCUGCUGCACGUGUACACGCAGGAGGUUCUGGACGGCGACCUAAUCUUGCUGCACGGCCAGGAGCGUAGGCUGGAGAAGGCCGGCGGCAGCUGGCGCUCCGCCUUUUUCAUGCCCACCCCAUCCGACGGAGCGGUGGUCGCCUUCCGGCGCUGGUUCGAUGACAUGGCAGGCGGCGUGGGCGGGCUGCCCUGGGCGGGCGGUGGCGGGCUGCCACCUGAGGAGGAAUCCAAGGAGAAGCUGCUGGACCGCCUGCACCAGCACACCCAGCACUGCCCGUCCUGCAGCGCUGCGCUGGCCCGUGCCCGCACCGGCCAGCGGGCCGGCCUGGGCCUCGCCGCCGCCGCAACCGCGGCGGCAGCCUGGCUGCCGGGCACGCCGCCGGCGCUUAGCGCCGCGGUUGCGCUAGGGGGCGUGGCGCUGGCGGGUCUGGCCUCCUGGGUGGAGCCCCUGUUUGUUUUCAAGGAUUACUUCCAUGCCGAGCGCUGA